CUGGGGGAGGGGGAGGGGGAGGAGAGGGCAAGACCUGUGGCCUUUGAGAGUUAUGCGGAGUUAAUGGGAUUAUCGCACAGGAUGGGUGUCUUAGCUCCUUGCUGUAGCAGCGAGGGCCCGUCCUGCUGGGGGAGGGUCCGCCGUUGAAGGAAUGCAGAUUGCCUCGCCUGCUCGUGUGCUUGACGUGUUCUCGCUCGGUCGCCGAUGCCUUCCUUUACUUGUGUGUGAGUUCUAAGACUUCUGAAGAUCUAGUGCGGAGGAGCAGCAGCCGGAGGAGGAGGAACAAGACGCCGAUACGAUACGAGAAGGACUUAGGCACACGCACGCCCUGCUUUGCUUGUCAAGGGAGUAGAUGUAUGCCCUUCUGCAGUUCGUUGAUUCGAUAAGACUGACUACUGGUGGAGAGAGAGAGAGAGUGAGAGAGAGAGAGAGGAGAUCUACCUUGUGAGUGGAGUGCUGCAGCUGCUGCAUUAGCAAUGGACUGACGCAGGUAGUGCAUGGCUGUUGGAGAUGAUGGACUCGGUUUGCUUACGAGGACUUACGGAUAUGAGAAGAGCGAGGUCUCGGCUGGAGCUCUGUUGAGCCUCGACGAAUCGGGUGCUCAGGAGGAAAGCCACUUUUGCGAAGUCAGGAAUCAGGAUAUCAGUUCGUUCCACGUCUCAUUCACACUGUGAGCUAGUCUCAAAUCUUUGAGCAGGGAGGUUUGGAGGCGCCGGUUAAGUUAAUCAGAGGGGGAAAGCUCGUCCAUGGUGAUCACUCCUGGCGGGUAGGUUCGCUUUGAAGAUUGGCUGCCGCCGUCCUCAACAUGGGAUAUGCGUUUCUCCGGAUACCGGGAGCCCGAUAAGAGGGCUGACUCUGUAUCGGCACCAGUCAUCAUCACUCAUACUCUGCAGAUAUGACAGACUCCGAAGGCAGGAGACCGUCGCAGUAGGAAAUGGUGGAGACGUCUACGAGUGAUCGGUUCAACUAAUUGGGAAUCACGCUCACGGUGGGGGAUUGUCGUAGUAUCUUGAAGCCGAGGCAACAGGAACAUCAGCUCAAUCAUCCCGGAGCGCUGAUCACUGCCGAGGAGGAGAAGCAUGGGAGGUGGGCAAAUUGGCGGAAGCGCCAGGAGCUAGAGGAAGCGUCGAAAGCCAAGGAAGGGUGCGCCAUAGAUCUGUUAAACCCAGAUCCGGUCCCACGGAGAGCUCGGUAGAAGAAUGGCCAAGAAGGAGGGGAGCUUUACAGGAUGGCUGCAGAGAGUUCGCCGCACCGGAGAGUAUAGCGACGUCCUUGUGCGCGUCGGGAGCUCGGAAUUCAGCCUGCACAUGCUGCCACUUCUGAACGCCUCGUCCUACUUCCGCGAGCUGCCCCCGACUUGUUCCUGCGCCGCCGAAAGCAGUCCCGACUCGUCGUCCCCAGGCAUUCCCGUGGUAGACAUCGCGGAUCUUCCCGGCGGGGCCGAAGGCUUCGCGGCAGCCGCGGAUUUCUGCUACCUGGUGAAGCCCACAUUCACAGUGCAGAACGUGGCGCAGAUCCGAGCCGUGGCCGAUUACUUGGGAAUGGCGGACCUGCUCGAGAGCACGAAGAAGUUCCUCUACGUGAACGUGUUCAGCCACUGGAGAUUCAGCGCCGCGUUCCUGCAGCAGUACAAGCGCCUGAACUCGCCCGUGGACGAGUACAUCGAGUCGCGGUGCCUGAAGGUCAUCGUCGUGGCCUGCACCAAGGCCUUCAGCGAGACCAAGUACCUGUCGGCGCCCAUGCCCCUGGCCAGCUCGGUGGCCACGGGCGCGACCUGGCAGAGCUCGCCGUCGCAAGCGCUGACGGAGAUCAUCGUCCGCAUGGUGUCGCUGCCGGACUGCUACGUCGCGGAGGUGGUGGACUCGCUGGUCGAGAUGCAGAUCAACCUGAAUCUCAAGUGCCGGCAGGGUCGCAAUGUCCGCAGCUGGCUCGACAGCGUGCUGGCGGACGAGUGUGUGAGCGACAAGGCGCGCUGCUGGAUGGUGCUGUGCCUGGCGCGCCUGCUGCUGAAGGGCGCGCCCACCACGCGGCCGUGGCUCGAGCUCUCGUCGCAGUACUGGUGUAGCCUGCUGGAGCACAUGGACGGGCUGAUGGCGGUGGCCGAGGAGUCGAUGCACGACCGGCUGGUGAGCGUCAAGAAGCUGCUGGAGCACCGGAUCGGCGCGAGCCUGUUCGAGAUCGACGAGUACCUACACGUGUACAAAUUCGGGCCCGAGACGCUGCUGGCGCUGGUGCUGCACUUCAUCAAGGAGGGCGACUCGAACGACGAGGCGCUGGAGGAGGUGGCGGACGAGGUGGACGGCUUCAUCUGGAACUACGCCGAGAGCAUCGCCGUGUCGACGGACGUGCUGGUGGCGCUGAUCAAGGCCUUCCCGGCGCAGUCGCGGCGGUCGCACGACACGCUCUACGGCGCGAUCGAGAAGCUGCUGAACAAGAACAGCGGCUACAGCCAGGAGGAGAAGCAGAGCCUGUGGCGGCUCAUCGACCGCUCGAAGCUCAGCCCGAGCGAGUACGAGCGCGCGCUGAGCAAUCCGGGCUUCCUGUGCCAGCCGCACAUCCUCGAGAGCGUGCUGCAGCAGCACAGCGACGAGCUGGCCAAGGUGCCCGACGGCGACGGGCGCAACCUGCGGCACAUCAUGCAGAAGGUGAUCAACGCGAGCCUGAAGCUGCUCGAGGAGAACUCGCGCCGCUCCAUGGAGAUCCUCGAGCUGCAGAAGCAGUACGCCGCGCUGCUGGGCGGCAAGAUCUGCCCCGCCCGCGACAGCUGCUACAACAGCCCCGACCUCUUCCGCAAGGACGCCCUCGGCGGCGUGCACAGCUUCAUCGUCGGCGUCGGAGAGGAGACGGAGGAGGCCAGCUCCGAGGCCUCGGACACGCACACCAUCUCCGCCCUCUAGGCCGGCCGCGAUCGAGCCACCAUCGGACCCCUCCCCCUCGCUCGCUCGCUCUGCCUUCGCAUCGAGCCGGCGCAGCAUCCCUCGUGCCGUAGUAGUCAGUCAGUCGGUCGAUCGUCUGGUGCGACGGGCAAUUUUGAUAGAAUCAUCUCGAGGGUCGGAGCCCUCCGACUACUCUUACUUACUACCAGUGUAAACUAGUCCAUGGCACUACUACCGCACCAGAUGCAUCCGCAGCUCUCUCUCUGGCUCUAUGUACAUCAGAAUCGUGAAUGCACGGGCGAGGAGAGCCGGCCACCAGCUCGGCGCUCGAGGUAUAGAAGAAACUGACAGCACGAGGUGACAUUCGAGCAGCGUCCGACGACGUCGCGUGAUGCUCUUUAUAUUUGUAUCUAGGAUCCCCAGGACUGCGAGGUCACGAGACGGAGUAUGAAUAUAGAUUUGCCUGGCCGCGAGACGCCGGACCAGUAGUCGCACGAGGGCCGUCCCAAGAAGACGGCCCGGUGCACCGCGGCGUCUCGUUCGGCUUACGUUGUAGAGGAGCUUGAAUUUGCUAGAACAACCCGUAGAUGUACAUGUGUUUCUGUCAGGCAGUGCAAGUGCGCGUGCGUGACGAAUGCAACCAACGCUCGCCAGCAUUUGCUCUCGGCCUGCGGACCCCUAUCCGGUCCGUGAAACCUCAUCGAGGAACAUGACUGCAUUUCGAAUACAUGUGCCAUACUCUGAAAUUGUUUUCAUUCGUUUACUGAAGCUCUCACUAUUAUUAAUUUUC